GCGGAAUCCUUUUUCGGCCCGCCAGAAAUGGCAUUGAAAUGCGUAUUCUCGCGCUCCUAAUUGUGUUUUGAAGCCUUCCUUCUGAAAGUUUUUUCCUGUAGUUAAGAAACUCGGAGCGGUGACAAUGGCGCAGUGCGUUAAAUCGUUUCUGGUAUAUUCGAGUGUUGCAUACAUUUGGAGGAUUUACGAGGAUGUCGUGGACGGCUGUUUGGAAGCAUCAUGCCUGCGCUCUUGCAUGACAGGAGAGAGCGCAUAAUCACUGGUGGUGGAGAGAGGACUAAGCGCACAGGCGCGCUUCGAAACUAGAAGGUAUGGAGUCAGUGAGAAUCAGUGCUUGCUUUGGUGUCAAUCAUGGUGAAUUGUGGUGACAGUUCUGUUACGGAGAAAUAGAUUUGGAGGAGGUGUGGUGAUGAGUGAUAAUCAAGAUUCUGGUGGACCGAGGGGCCUUGGUCGAUGAGAGGGCCAUGACGGCAUCGCUAGAUGUCAAGAUUUAUAUUACUAUUGUUUAUGUUGUGUUUCUUUUUCAUGUCGCUGUGUUUGACUUAAGAGUUGAAGAGUCCUUUAGUGGUGUUGAGGUGGAAUGAUGUGACGAGAGUAAACAACGACCUUAGUUUGAAAUGAGGUGCAAUGAGGUUCCGGGAUCAUUGGUUCUGUCUCCAAAGCGUUCACCGAACAUUUCAAAUCGCAGCUUUUUGCGAUGGUUCCAUUCUGCAGUCUGGGGGAAAUCAGUUGUAGAGUGCGUUCAUUCAAGCAUCCUUUCAGGUAGAACAGAGUGUUUAGUAAUCACCAAGGUUUCCAAUGGCGCUCGCAUCCUGUCCGACUGGAGAAGGAGACUCUGUUUCGCAACCCGACAAUCCACAUUUUAACAGAUACGUUCAGGCCUGCAUGAACGAGGAAGACCAUACAUCUGAGGAUCAACACUGGAAGCUGCCAGUGCUGGGGAUGGAAGAUCCACAUUAUGGAAUUUGUCCAGAAGCCAGAUUUCAAGAAAUUCUGGAACACAAUUGUGCACUUCGUGACAAUUUCGAGGAAUUGAAGGGGCUGCACUUGAAGAUGACAGAUUCCAACUUGCAGUUGCAUGAAGCCUGCCUGCGACUACAAGAGGAGAAGGCCGUAUUGGAGAAAGCAUCCUUGGAAUUCAACGAAACUAAACUUGAGAAAGAGCGAAUGCUGUUGAACAAAGAUGAUCUGAAACUUGAGCAGGAGAAGGAAAAACGUCUACUAAAGACAGAGCGAGAUGAAUUUGCUGCUAAGGCAGAGGAUUUGGAAAAUCUUGUACAAACCCUUGAGAGAAAAUUAUUAACUUCCAAGGUCGAGCUCGAGAAGCUUGUUCAAGACGUUGUACAAACAAGGGUGGAGAAAGAUCUAGCAGUAGCUAGUAAGCAAUGCGUAGAGAUGGCGCACUCCCGAGAUUUGAUGGCUUUUAGAGCGGAAGACCAAACAUCCAAGCAAUUGGCUGCUGAUCUCGCCCAUAAGUGCAAACAUCUCGAAAUAGACUUGGAGAAAUCCAUGAAUGCGGUUGACGUUGCUCAACAGGAGAUCUUGACUAUCACACAUGAGAAAGACUCGAUCAUCACAAACCUCAAGGAUUCAUUACGAAGAAUGGAAGAGGAUAUAUAUGCUCAGAAGGAGCAACAGAAGAAAAUUGAGCAAGGGUGGGAAUGUGAGCGAAAAAUGUUAUUACAUACGAUUGAGACCAGAGAGUGGUACGUAUUUCCAUGCAGGAGGGAGGAUCAACAGAAAGUUAAAUCGAAGGAGGAUACCGCAUCACGCUUGAAGGAGGAAUAUGAGUUAAAAUUUUCCCUUUUGCAACGAGAAAAGGAGGAAAGUGAGCGCCUUUACAGAGAAGAAGCUGACUUUUGUAUCAAAGAGGCUCUCACGGAUGUGCGCUAUGACGAAGAAAAACAAAGAGAAUUAAGGAGAACAUUAGAAGGGGAAACGGCUGACCUGCGUGCUAUGUUGGUUGCAAUGGAGCAAGCCAGUAACGAUAUGGAGACUCGCCACGCACAAUCCAUGCAAGAACUCACUAAGGAGUCUACAUCUCUUCGUACAGAACUAGCUGAAUCCAAGGAAAAAGUAAAGGAGGUCACUGAUGCACUGAAAAGCUUCCAACGGGAAAAUGGUCAAUUACUAACAGAAAUUGAAGGACUCCGAGAACAGCUGAAUGAUACACUGUCUAAGAACCAUGAAUCUUACACUCAAAUUGCUGAGUAUAGAAGAGCAUUGGAUGUGUAUGAACGACGACUAGAACAUCUUAAAAUAGAACUACAUGAUAUUUCUAAAGCUCGAGAGCAGGAUCAACAAGAUCACAUUCGUAACUUGGAGAAUGCCAAGAGAAUUUGGACAACUGAAAAAAUAGCCAUUAUAUUAAAAGAAACCAAGCAAGCACAGGAUCGGCAACGAGAACUUGCUGACAAAAAUCAUUCUCUGAAGAAGAAACUUAAAGAAACCAACAAGAUAUUGAUGGCAUUAACGACAGACCACAACCAAUUGAUGAUCCGAACACGCGAAAUUGAGACACAAUUGGCUCUUACUCAACCCAUUAGAUUGGUAUAUGCAUCGAAUCAGUCGAAUCCAUUCCUACCAAGGGCAGGAAAGACCUUGGAACGGAGCUGCAGUAAUGCUGCAUGGUUGACGGCCGAAAUGGGAAAAUUAGACAAACGACAGUCUCAAUUCCUCUCAAGAGAUCAGUCACAAGGAUUCCAUGGAGUGAUUCAUCCACAACGAUAUCAAGAUUCCAGGCCCAUCAUACCGAACAGAGAGUAUCAUGAACAUCAAGUGGAGGAAGAGAGCAACAAGGACGGGCUUGCCAACCUCAUGAAAGCCGACCUGGGUCACAUUCGAGAAGAGAAACUACUAGGCUAAACCUCCAUCUCGGUAGGAUUUUUCUCGGAUUACCCUACAGAAUGUUGAUUUCCCCUUCACAGCAGGCUCCUCUCUGCAGGAUCGGCACUCGUACAAAACUUCGUCGUUUGCCAUGUUCAUCCUAUGAUUCAUCGAUUGGUAGCUUCAUUAUCUUCAAAUCGUCAAAAGUGUUGUUUAUAGUCUUCUGUGAGUUCAUAGUAUUGCAUUGACUUAAAAGUUAGGCUGCACUUCUUCCUGAGAUGGACGGACAAGCAAACAG